CUUUUUAAUUAUUAUUAUUAUCAUUUAUCAUAUAUUAACUUUAUUCGAAAUGACACAGCGUGGGUUAUUUAUUGUAGUAGAAGGCUGCGAUCGAUCUGGGAAAUCAACUCACUGUGCUAAACUUGUUGAAAAAUUAAACAGUAAUGGAAUAGAUGCAGAGUUGAUUAAGUUUCCUGACAGAACAACACAGACAGGAAAGAUGAUCGAUAGCUAUCUUCAACAAAAAAGUGAUCUUGAUGACCAUGCCAUUCAUCUUUUAUUUUCUGCUAAUCGUUGGGAAGCAAUGAAGAUUUUGUUUGAAAAACUUAAAAAUGGAAAAACAUUAGUAGUUGAUAGAUAUGCAUUUUCAGGUGUUGCAUUUUCUUCAGCAAAAGGUUUAGAUUUAGAAUGGUGUAAAAAUCCAGAUAUUGGAUUAUUAACGCCUGAUUUGGUUUUAUUUCUUGAUUUGGACAUUAAUGAAGCAGAAAAAAGAGGUGGUUUUGGUGAAGAACGCUAUGAAAAGAGAGAAUUACAGAUUAAAGUAAGAGAAGAAUUUAUGAAAUUAAAGGAUGAGUCUUGGAAGUUGAUUAAUGCUGGUCAAUCUAAAGAAAAAGUAGAACAAGAUAUUUGGGCUGUAAUUGAGGAAGCAAGAAACUCACUUGAUACAACCAAAUCUUUACAAUACAAUUUAUGGAAAUAGGCUGAAUAAAAAAAUUGGAUUCUUUUAAAUUAUAUUAUCAAAAUAUAACAAGUCUCAUUCUAUUAAAUCACAGUGUAAAUAGCAAGAUUUAGUUUAAACUAUUCCAACAAUGAUUGACCUAUAGGAAUUUCAAUAAAAGGAUUACUUUUUUCACGAUUAUAAAUAACUGAGCCACGAAGAAUAGUUUGAUCAACAAUGCCGUAGAGUGUCUUGC